CAAAGUUGCCGUUGAAAUUCGGUUGCUAUGACAAUUAUUUGUUUAGUCACUAAUACACUUGUAGAUAUUUAUAUAUAUCUAAAUUAAUAAUACUGCAACAUCUUGAGAUGGCUGGAAAAUUUGGCGGUUAUGAAGAUGACGAGGAAGAUGUGUUGGCACCGAAGGAACCACAAGUUACGUCCCAGAACCCAGAGGAGCGUAAAGCAGGCAGAGCUUUACGUAUCAAAAGGAGACAGGAAGCUCUGAAAAAAGCUGAACAACAGACCGACGAGACCAGCGGAGAGGAAGAACCAGGCCCCAUCGAACAGGCAACAGCAACUGCGGCUGAAGAACUCCAACGAUUAGCGCUCGAUGGUGCUGCUAACGUUACCAACGUUAAAGUUACGACGGACGAGCGGGAAGUUAUUCGGCGAGCACUUUUUUCGGAAAAAAUGAUUCGUUCUGUACAAAAAAUAGAGGAUGAAGCAACUGAAGCACAAUUACAGUACGAGGCAAUUACUUCCAACUGGGAUGUUAUGGUGGCUAUUAAAGACCCUUUAGAUAUAGACGCUGAAAUUAAAGCCCAAAGGCAAAAGUGUGACGAUUUGUUAGCUCAAAAGAAUAACCUCAUCGGCGAGUUAAAGAAUGAUCUCAAGCGCAUGGAUCAGGCAUAUUAUGAAGAUUUAGAUAAACAGGAUAAAGACAUAAAAGAAUUAUCUGAUAGAAUUGAAAAGCAAGUAACUAUUAUGCAAAGGGCUUACGAGAAACAACUGAGUCUGAUAGAACAUGCUAUUAAUAUAGAACGGGAUGCGAUGGUUGAUCAUAAUAAUAAAAGAUGGGAGGCCCUGUAUAAACAACGUGACAGAGAAGAAGUUGCCCACAUGGAGUACAAGUUCGGACAGUUAGAAGAACAUAAAGAAGAGAUAGAAUCUAUUAUGUGGGACCACCAUGAAAAAUAUCGUGAAGCCAAAAUUGAACUCGAGUCAUUGAUUCAAGAACUACAAAAGGAACUGGAAAAAUUAAAAGCUACAUGUAUUAUAAACACAGAGAAAAUUGGAUACAAUUAUCAGGUUCUUAAAAAAAGGGAGGAAGAGAACGUCUUCGUCAGGUCACAACAAAAACGGAAACUAAACAAAAUGUCAGAUAUAGCCAACAAUCUGCGAUCGAAAAUUCGAAAAGCCGCCGAGGAUGGUGCUGUCGAGGAAAUUAAAGCUGACGCGGAAAUUGUAAAACUAAUGCAAACAAUGGAUGAUUUGGAAAAAAAAUCUGAGCACUUCUCUCAUGUGAAUCAUUACAAGUUUAGCCAAGUGUGGCGUAUGGCUGCCGCUCGAUGCUCACAACUUUUGCGGGAGUUAAGCCAGGCGGAAGUGGCGCUGCAUGCUCACGUCUUAUCUGAACCACCGCCACAAGCACCGGCACCACCACCAAAGAGCCCCUUAGCUAAAUAUGAACAUGAAGAUUUGGACAAAUGCGCACAAAAUUCUAUUAUGCCAAAGGAGCCUAUAGAUCCAAACGAUAAAUUAGCGCAAGAUGCGAAAGACAAAUUGGUUCGUCAUAUAUUGCAAAUGGUAGCAGACAAUACAGGAUUCCUGGUAGAAGACCGUCUGUUGAAACUAAUUGAAAAGUAUCAGUUGACUUCCCGAAAUUUAUGUACAUUAGAUUCCAUAUUUAUGGCUCUUGAAAUUCAAGCCGAAGAGGAUAUUGAAUUACUAUGUAAGACAUUCUUAAAUUAUGCGUUUUGUCCUAUAUGUGUGGGAAUGGAAGUAACAUCCGAAGUACUUGAACAGCCAAGCUUUAUAUUGACAAAUGAAGAUUCACAUCAAGCUAGCAUCAGCGCUAAAGGAGGGCGCGUUGAAAGGCCUUCAUUGCGUGGACGCUCCAGUAUUGCCAGAAGCAUUUCAGCGAGCACAUCUCGAUCUGCCCAUGUCGGAUUCAAGUCUCAUGAAUUGUCAGCAGCUGAUCAACUACUUAUGGCUGAAGCAGACGAAAUCAUACAAAAAUGUGGCGACCCUCAAACUACUGUAUCUAUGACGGGUGGAGGUUCUGAUUCCACGGGACCCACGUCGGCGCGACGUGCUGGUGCUCGAGGCGUCACAGUAUCCUCACAACCGACUGUAAGCACGACAAGGACAACAAAUCCUUUUCUCUGCCCAGUGGGCCAUUACCUAGAAAUCGAGCCCAUGCAGGUGUUGACAGCCUUGAGUGAAUUUAUGUUGGUAUUUGUACCACCCAAAAAGAAGCAACUUUAUGACAUUUUGGAUAGCGUGAAGCCGCUAAACUUUAGUACACCUUCACGAAAAUUAACAACUGAAGAGAUUACGCAGUAUUGGGCUCAAUGGAAAAAUAUAUUCCCUUUUGAAAAAGACCGCUUUUGGGAUGGUCUACUUACUGGCCUAAAUAAUUAUUUACCUAUUUUACAAGAACGGGAACGUAUUUAUGAAGAAGUGAUGACUCUUCGAAGUCGAAACGCCGCUUUGAGACGGCUGGUGCGCGGAGCGCUGCCCGAACUGCCGCAGCCUUCCGCCGCCCGCGCUCCGCCAGCGGCAUUCACUGCGCCACGGCCCGACCUGGCACCACACGCGUAUUCCAAGUUACCGCCGAUUUAAUUAUAUAAUCUAUUCUUUCCUAGCUCUCACUAGCAAUUCCAUUCACAUACAAAUGAUACUAAUUUAACUAACACACAAAUUGACACAUCAUGGAUUCAUAACACAAAUAUUCUUUCCCCAUUUUAAUUUUAUUGUCAAUGCAAAUGGUAAAGGGUAUAUUUGCGAAGGUCUACUCUAUCUGAAUUAAAAUUUAUCAUAAUGAAUUGGUUUACGCUGAAAACGAUAUAACACAACGUAAUAUGAUAGAAUCACUGUCACAUUCCUAAUUUUUAUCGUGGGUGCAAAUAACCCAAUAUUCUUUAUUUAAAAAAAAGUAA